AUGUCUAUCGAGAUGGAAACACCUGAACCAAUUGAAAACACAAUUCCUAAUCCUCAUGCCGAGAUUGUCGGUCUCCAUUAUCGAGUUGGACACAAAAUAGGCGAAGGCAGCUUUGGUGUGAUACAUCAAGGCAUAGACUUGAAUACAAACGAACCAGUGGCAAUAAAAUUCGAGUUACGAGACACAGAAACACCACAGUUGAGAAGCGAGUACUGCGCCUACCGAACACUCAUUGGUCUAACUGGUAUUCCAAUGACACGUUAUUUUGGAAUCGAGGGCCCUCACAAUGUAAUGGUUAUGGACCUACUGGGACCAAGUCUAGAGGAUCUAUUUGGAAUGUGUGGUCGAAAGUUCACAGUAGAAACUGUAUUGCUUUUGGCAAAACAAAUGCUUGAGCGUAUUCAAAGUGUACAUGAGCGCAAUAUGCUGUACCGAGACGUGAAACCAGAUAACUUCUUGAUCGGUCUACCGGACAGUAGUGAGCCAAAUAGUAUUAACCUGGUGGAUUUUGGGAUGGCCAAGGAGUACCGUAACCCAAAAACCCAAAACCAUAUUCCUUAUUGUGAGCGCAAAAGUUUGUCAGGAACAGCACGAUACAUGAGUAUCAAUACUCACCUAGGAAGAGAACAAUCACGGAGGGACGAUCUCGAGGCACUUGGGCAUGUAUUGCUGUAUUUCUUGCAUGGUUCUUUACCUUGGCAAGGGCUGCAUGCUUCGACAAACAAGAAGAAAUAUGAGAUGAUUGGUGAAUUAAAGCAAAAUACACGUAUUACUGAUCUGUGCGAAGGUCAUCCAGAAUUUGCACUAUAUCUCAAUUAUGCUCGAAGCUUGAGUUUUGAUGGGACACCAGACUAUAGCUACAUGCAGCAAUUGUUUGAUCUAGGUCUUGCCAGAGUUAAUAAAAUUGACCGAGACGUGUAUGAUUGGAAUCUACUUAAUGAUGGCAAAGGAUGGCAGACCUUGGAGCGUAAACCGGUACGAAAACCGCUGUUAUUGAUGAAUUGAUCCAAAAUUAAAAAAAAAAGCCGACAAUACUCUAUAAGCCAAAAAUCCCCCAGUCACAUAUCGAAUGGUAGCAAGUACUAAGGAAAAGAAGAUAGGGAAAAAGAUGCACAUAUUUGUCUAUUAUCUAAUUAUGUCCAGUAUAUAUAUAUAUAUAUAUAUAUAUUAUAUACAAAUACUGACUCUUAUUAAUAUGAGUCUUUCAAAAUAUCAGUAGUUUUUUUUUUCUUUUAAAAAAAAUUAAUAAUGAGAAAUACUUUACAAUUUCGAAUCUAUUCAUAUACAAUUAUUCUUCACAGAGUAACUUCCAUUACAACCAGCUCACAAUAUGUAUAUAUAUAUAUAUAUAUAUUUCGGUUGGAUGGUCUGAGGUCUUGUUGGCUGUCAUUUUUUGGUUUGGUUUGGUUUUAUCGUUUAUAAGGAAAGAAGAAGAAUCCGUUACAUAAACUUGUCAAAGAAUCGUUCCAGAGGACUCUGCUGUGCCUGAGUCCACAUAGCAAAACCUCUACGCUGAACCCAUCUGCCGUUCAUCUUCUUGGCAUUCUUGGCAUUGUUACGAGUACGCUGACCGCGAACAGGUAAACUCAUUGCGUGACGUUUUCCAACGUAGUUGUUGAUGUUACGAUGGUGCAUAACUUGGUCACGGACCUGUCGCUUGAGGUCACUUUCGAUUGUCAUGGCCGCAAGGGUGUUUGUGAGCUCGUUGACCUGAACUUCGCUCAGCUCAGCGACCUUUGUGGCCUUGGGAAUUGCCAUUUUGUCGCACAGCUUGAUAGCAGUUGGUUCACCAAUGCCAUAGAAAUAUUGUAAUGCCGUGCUCACCAACUUGCGGUCUGGCAGAUUGACACCGAGCAAAUGCAACAUCUUCUUGUUUCUAUAAAACUCAAGGUG